CAUCUUCAGCGCGGACUUUUCUUAGCAUCCUUUUGCUAAUCGAUAAUCCGGGAUUGGAGAAUAAUAAUGCGUCAAGCAGCCGGAAGACAAACUAAGCCGGCAACGGCUCUUUGUCGUUCGAUCGUUCUUUUCAAUCCCGAUCGUGAGGACCAUUUUGAACUCGUAUUCAGCGUCAAGAGGGUUUGUAAGGUAACUUCGCCGCUGUUCUCGUCUCCUCCGAACAAAUGUAUACAUCUUCAGCCGAAUGCACGAUGCCAAUCGCUUUCGCCAUCUAAGGGAAAACCAAUCUUCCAACAGCGUCAAAAGCGUCGAAUAAUAUUUUUUGAUUCUACAAAGUCUCGUUAAAGCCCAUCUGCACCAUCACCACUAGCCAUGACAUCAGCUUCGACGAGCUCGAGACCGCAAUUCAUCCGGUCCAUUUCCUCCAGUUCCACCAAAGACAAACCUCGGCUUUACGUCGCCCUCUACCCACGUGGGGGGUCGUCGACGCUGUCGACCUUCCGCAACAACUUCGACUGCGACUCCUACCACUGGUCCAUCAUUGUCGGACCCCAGACGGCCGACAGAAAAGACCCGGGCGUACGCUACCACGUCGCCCACGACGCCCACGCAGACCAAGGCGCCAGGAAGUUCUUUUACGAAGAACAAGACAUCCCCUCGAACCCGGGGGCCCAAAGCGGCCUGAUCCGCGUCACCGUCGCCAAGGUCACGGACGAACGUCGCCUUCAGAGCUUGCUCCGGGACCUCGCGCUUCGGGAGGAUGACUCAGCCUUCAACUGCCUCACGUGGGUCCGCGAGGCAUUUGUCAAGCUUCUCGACGAUGGCAAGUCGGUCAAGAGUUACCUCAAGUCCGAGGACUGGAGUGCCGUCGAGACCUGCGCGAGGAAGUACUGCAAGCGCAAACGAGACGCAGGUCGGUUCCAGGAGAAUGCCGACGGCAACGGCGGCGGCGUCCUCAACAGGUUCAAUCCUCAAAUGAUUAGUACGUUCAACUUUUGGGAGAAUCGAGAAACGACUCCAUGAGUUGUAUAUCAAUCGAGUCAUGGUCGAGUUCGAAAAAACACCAAAGCGGCACCAAAGUUGGGCCCUCUCUACAAUCCUGCGAGGCAGGAAACGAGACUGAGACCUAAGGCGGGGAAGCUACUUGAUAUUCCAAAUACAGGGUACUGCCACCACUCCAAACGGUACGCGUCCAUCCGGAGAAAGAGCAUAAACGCGCGCCUUGGAUCAGCUAGAACCCUGUCCAGGUUCGGUAAUCCGUAGUGCCCGGGUCCAAAAGUCUCAGUCGUUACGGAGUAUACUCAUUACCUUCGCCAGCCUCGCCCUUCCAAGCUUCACAAUGCGGAAUCAUAUCCAGAAGAUUUUCGCUGUUCGACCAGUUGACCCCGGUCCUUGGCUUCAUUCCUACAACCUUUUGCAAAACUUGCGGACGUGCUAAACAAGACACUAAGGGUUGAAAACAAGGGUUGAAAAAAAAGAAAGGAACAGCCAGGCACGUCCCCACCUCGAUCCUACUGGCACGAGACCAACGACCCUCUGGACAUUAAAGAGUCAGGACGUCUUUUUCGGGGGCUUUUGAAAAAGCUUGCGCGAUAUUCUUUCGUGUCUGGAAGGCGACCGAGGGAUUCACACCGCCUUGCAUGGUUUGACUGAAGAGUUGCUGUCCCUCCAUUCUCAUCUACUUUCUACCGAGUACCUACCUAUCUACCUACUUCCUCAAGGACGCCUCCGUACGGAAGUAUGUUUUACGGAGUACUCUGUUCUGUUACUCCAAGAUACGGAAUACACGGGAGAGUACUUGACCUGAGUCUGACCUUGGAAUGGGCCCCUCGACCUUGGGGAAAAGGCUUGCUGCCUAUUAUCAUCGACUGUGCGCCUUACAACAGACUACUCCUACCCGUACUUGGGUAAUAGUUACUCCGUAAAAUAAAAACACUCAGUAGCCAACUCUAC